GUGCUCUCUGGGGAUUAUGCCAAUGAAGAAGUAUGUUUCCUUUUUAUAGUGGAAGACUUGAGCUUAGUUUCUAAAUCUUGGACUACACGGUUGAUUCGUCACAAUAUAAACACAAAAGCCAAAAAACAAAAGUAACAACAUGAAAGCACACAUGCUUAGACUGAGUUAAGACCAGGCUGAGCAAACAGCUCAACUCACUUGAAAGGCAUGCCUGUUCCGCCAGCCGAGUCUCGCGCUUUCCCGGGGUGUGUCGGAGUGCGCGUGGAGACUCCGGGACGCACCGGGGUGGGCGAUGGCACGAGCGGCGCCGCGGAAGUGCCUGACAGAAGAUGGCUGGAACACCAGGAGGACUCGACUGCAGACUGUGCCUCUGCGUCUCCUCUCCCCGUGGCUCUCGCUGUGCUCCUGCUGUUAGUGUCUCCCACACGAGACGUUGUUUCACUGGAUAAGGCAGUAAUGGUCGUGUUUGCUCAUUGAUUACAGUGAACUGAUAUUGUGAGAAGCAGACCUCCGAUGAAGUAGAGGCUCAAUGACCAUAGCCUGGCUAUCUAAACUGGACACAGGCGGGCUUGGCUAUCCAGUUAGUACAGGCCCAGUGACCACAGCCGGACCACAGAAACUGGACAGAGUCAGACCUGGCUGCCCAAAGAGGACAGGCUCACUGACCACAGCCUGGCCAUAGAAACAGGACACAGGCAGACCUGGCCGUCCGAAGAGGACAGCCUGUGCUCCCACUGCCAGCAGGGAGAAGCAGAGAAGAGAUGCACUUUCUGCUGCACUCUGGGAUUGAAACUAGAAAAACAAUCCCAGAAUUCUCACACCUGUCAGGAUCAGAACAGCUUCCAGCCCUUCAGGAGGAGGAAACUCCAUAGAGCUGCAUCCCAGUACUGUCUUGCAGCCGGACGGGGUCGAUAGUUUUUGACGGUUUUGGGGCCUUCUUCAUUUGACCCAGGGAAUGAAACCGACUGAGGCAAUUAACUCAAAAACAGCUGUGAGACUCUGUGUUGAAACCAAUUUACCCGCUAAAAACAUGGCCUACCGGAAGGUGACCGCAGGACACGGGGGGGCUUUGCACUCUCAGGACCUGGACGGCGAAGCCCUCCAGGCCACAGUGCUGGACCUCGAGUGGGACAUGGAGAAGGAGCUGGAGGAGCCGGGAUUCGAGAGGUUCCAGUUGGAGAGCACUGGCCAGCGUCCCGCGGGGAAUUCGACGGCCCCCACGGACCUCGACAUGGAGCCAGUGCAGCCCUCCGUCUCUCCUCAGGGUCGCUUUGAGCGGCUCCAGGAAGACCCCGACUAUGUGUCUCACUUCACUAGACCGGCACCAAAGAGCAGCCGCAGGACCUGCUGGAAGGCUGCAAAAUACUUUGUGGUGGGCAGCGGGCUUUUCUUCAUCGGCCUCCUGAUUGGCCGUUAUACGCGGCAGACAGGCCGCUCUGGGCUCACUCCCAAUAACCGGACCCUGCCGGCGCCGCCUGCCGGACCCGGAGAUCUCCACCGCGUAAUUCUGCAGGACAUCAGCGUGGAGGGCAUUAAAGCACGCUUGAGAGACUUCAAGCAGCUGUCUGAGGAAGAAGAGAUGUCCCAGGUGAAGCUGCUUCUACAGCAGUGGACUACGCUGGGAUUAACAGACGUCCAUGUAACCAAUUACACGGUUCUUCUCGGCCUGCCUGGUUCCUCUCCCAACACCAUCACUGACAAAGCCAGCAGCCGCUGCUUUCUUCCUAACGGAAAGUCCUGUGAUCCCAAGAGCUAUAAUCCUCAAUCCAUGGAGCAGCUCUUCACCUAUGCAGCCUAUUCUGCAAACGGCACCCUGGAGGCAGCAGUGGUUGAUGUUCGGUAUGGAACAGUGGACGACCUGAUUCAGGCCCGCAUCUCUGACAACGUUACCAAUAAAAUUGCACUGUUGAAACUAGGACAUGCUCCUUUCCUUUACAAGCUUUCCCUACUGGCAGAGGCUGGUUUUGGGGGUGUCCUGCCUUAUGUUGACCCCUGCGACCUACCAAAUGAAAGACAGGUUUUGGACGAAGCGUUCGGCAUAACUCUGAAUCCUGGGGGUGACCCGUCCACACCGGGGUAUCCCAGCAUCGAUGGAAGUUACCGAGAAAAGCUUUCGAACCUGACACGUCUGCUUGUCCAGCCAAUCUCAGCGUCUCUCGCCAGAGAGCUGCUGUCGGCUCCUGGGACAGCAUCAGCGGUCAGAGACAAGUGCACUCCUCUGACAAUGCCUGCCACCGCAGCGAGGAAGAUUAUAAUUCUCCAUAUCGGGACUCAGACAGCUUACCAGACAGUGCACAAUGUGAUUGGCUACCUGAAGGGAGGCAUCAACCCUGAUCGCUAUGUCCUGGUCGGCAGCCGCCACCGCAGCUGGGCCGGUGUAAGCGCAGCGGGAGCGGACAGUGGCUCGGCCAUCAUCACCGAGGUCGUCGCCUCCCUGACCGCGCAGAUCAGACAAGGUUGGCAGCCAGACCGUACCACUGUUUUCUGUUCGUGGGGAGGAUCAGCAUUCGGCAAUAUUGGCUCCUUUGAAUGGGGAGAGGAGCUGAGGCAGGUGCUACUGAGCAAUGCUGUGGCCUACGUGAGUCUUCACCAUCCGGUCAGAGGGAAGGGACCGCUCCACGCCAUCGCCUCGCCUUCUCUGCAGCAGCUGGCGGCAGACAUUACUCACAAGUGGCCAACCUUCAACUGCACAAGGCAUGGAGAGUGCUCUGGCUCAUACGUCAGCUCUGCGCAGACCCAGGGUGAUGUGGACUACUUUGCCAACCAUCUUGGGAUCCCAGCAGUAGAAUUUGCGUAUCAAGAAACCAAAGCAGGAGAGAAGCCAAGCUUUCUCUCUGAAGCCCUUUUCCCUGCCAGUUCCUCAGUAACAGAGACCUUGGAUCCUUCCUUCUCCUUCCAUGCAAUGGUUGCAAAGCUUACAGGUGAAGCCAUCUUACGCCUGGUCAAUGAGCCCGUUCUGCCAGUGAACGCACUAGACAUCGCCCUGGACGUGCAGAACAAACUGCAAGAUGACGAGCUGCCCACAGAGCGGCUGCUGGCCCUGGCUGGCGCUCUGAGAGAGAGCGCCCAGCUCUUCCAGUCCGACGAGAUGCGCCCCGCCAACGACCCCCGCGAGCGGGACCCCCUGCGGGUCCGCAUGCUGAACGACGUGCUGCAGGACCUGGAGAAGAACUUCCUCGCUUCUCCGGCGCCUCCGGGCUGUUACAGAAAUAUUUUGUACACUUUAGACGAAAGGACACCGCGGUUCUCCAUAUUAAUGGACGCCCAAGACGUGCUGAAGCUGCACCGUUCCAACGAGACUGCACUCCUGUCCUUGUCUGCCAUUUCCAACGCCAUCAGCUCGGCAGAGAGACACCUCAGGGCUGGGAUCGCCCUCUUCGAGAACGACCCCAAGAGGAAAAACUGAUCCACUUGGCUCGGGUCCUGGAGAAGGCAGGGACUCCAGGUGUUGUGUUGGAGAAGCCCAUCCGCUUCAGUCGGACCUGCGUGGGGACAGCAGACAGCUGUGGUGGAAUAUACAGUAUGGGUGUGCUUGUCUUGAUCUGGAAAUAAUAUUGGAGGUUAAGAAAAACAAAUACAGGGGCAAAAGCAAUACAACAAAACUAGAAUGCAAUAUUUAUUACGAGUGCACUGCUCACAUAAUGAGCUUUCAGGGCUUGGAAAAUAUUAGGUACCAGGUUUUUUGUUCCUUAGUUGUUAUUCGUUUUAUGAAAUGUUGAUUUUUGUGGCUUUAAUGUCGGUAGUUUCUUCGGUUUUGCCUUUUAUGUUUGAAGACAUCGAAGCGUGUACUGUAUGUAUAUGGAUAUGUCUUUGUGGUUUUCACAGAGAAUAAUGACAGUAACAUUGAAAAAACAGCACUCAACCACCCGAAGGUCCAAAUUGAAAAAUAAACAUACCGUCACGGAAAACAGGGAGAGGCUGGAAUGUGACAAAUGCAGCAGGCGAGUAAAUCUAAUUGACAGCAGCCUUGGAGGAUGAAUCAGUUUGUCAUUUACCAGCAUUAAAUGCAAGUUAUUGCUAAGGAGUGGAAAUGCAUUGGGCACAGUGCUGCUGAACAGCAUGCCAGGGAAACUCCACUGCAACGAUAUCAUUUUGUGUCAUUCUUUAUAAAAUGUGUGGUUUAAAUGUACUUUUUUUUCAAUGCAUGAUUCAUGUCAUUUAUGAUAUUUCAGAGAAUCCAUUGAAAAAAGGAAAAACAAAAACAAAUAAAAAGCACAAAUGCUAGCCCGCAGGACAACAGCAGGCCUUGUAUCCAAUACAUGAGCUCGGUCACACUUCUGCAACACUUACUGUAGCAUUGUACUAGGAUGUCUGUAUUUCAAAAUAUAGAGCACAGCAACAUCUUUCUGAUGAUCAAUCAAGAAUACAGAUGGUUAUUUCUUAAAGCACAAUCUUUAUGUGCCUUACUUCUGCUCUUCAAGGUGCAUGGGCUUUUAGAAAUUCAUAAAUAAAUGUAUAUUUACAUCAAAACAGGCCAUAAAAUAAGAUUAAUGUCAAUGGAUUUAACACUAACUGGAGAAGGGCUGCUACACUGCCACUUUCCUUGGGAAAAUAGAAACCAUAAAUACAGUAUAUACAGUGUAGAGCCAUCAAUGGCCUGGAGGCUGACUUCUCUGAAGUUGUUAUGAAGGCUGUUCGGUGUCUGGAUUGUAUGAAUACUCAGCUCACCAGUUUAAAAAGCUCUGUCUAGAAUGGGUUACAGGUACUGUAAUUGACAAGUAUUGGUCAAGGCAUUGGAAUUUACCAUUAAAUUAGAAAUUAGUGGAGGAGAUUAAGAUGUUGAAAAUGUAAAAGCAACACAGAAUGGCUUAAUCCCUUUGUAAAAUUAAGCCCACAUUACUGGCUUUGGAGCUUAAUGAUCCUUAUGCAGAAGGCAGAUUUUUUUAAUGAUAAUUUCCCCUUUCAUCCCUGUUUCCAGAUGCUGAUGCCCCCUGUGUGAUAUGGGAUGCUGUUGUUGAGCCCAUUUCACAAGCCACGCUAAGAAAGCCCACUUUGAUUUCUCUUUUCUUUAAAAGUAUAUUCUGGUCAAGAAGCACAUCUGAGGGGCUUUGCUGUCCUUGUUAUCAUUCAUCUCAGUUUAUCUGUGUCUGGACUGGGCCAUGGAUCUGUUAUAUCCAGGACAGUUCUGUGAAAACUGAGCACAUGUGCAGACUAUCCCAUGGGCUAAAUUAAAAGGUUCUUUAGAAAAGUGCACAAUUCAUUAUUUGCCUAUUUUUGAGCACCCUCUAGGCUACCGUUCCAGAGACACUGAGAAAACACCCAUAGGAUGGAUCUAAAUGAGCAGUUCAGAAUUAGUGAGGUUAGGAACAUGUUCAGGGUGCCACCUUCCCCAGGGGAACCAGGGAAAAUUGCCCAUUUAAUUACGGUGGUGCAGGAAGAUUGCCCAUCGAGAAACUCCUGACCCACGUGUCUCUCCUUGGGCUACAUUGAAGUUCAGAGAUUGGAGUGAGAGUUUAGAAACUGGUGUAGUGUCUCUGCAUUCCAGAGCUUUCUUACAGUAUAUGGGUUUUUCGGUUGAUUUGAUAUGGAAUGACCAACAUGUGUAAAUAUAUAUAUAAAUAAUUUGCAUAAAAGUUUAAUUAUACACGCAAAUGUUAAAAAGGAGAAAAUGGCUGUUUAGCUGCAGUAAAUUUAACAUGCUGCAUAGAGGUGGACCCCAUCAAACCAGCAAGUAGCACCUCCAUGUAGAGCCUGUCUGUGCGGUCUGUGAAGCUGAACUGAGCAGCAAUGGGUCCACUCAUCACUGGUGGUCAAGCUUGGGGUGUUGGUCAACGGCGAGUUUAAACAAACAGCGUCUUCCCUGACUCUGGGUACAAUAAGUCUCUUUGCUUUUCGCAGCAGCAGAUAUCAAGGAGGCUGUAUUCAAUUUUAUAUGAAUAUUGAGCCAGAUAAGUGGUACUGUAUUGUAAUAUUUUUAGACACAGAAAAUGCCAGAGCAGACAGUUCAGCGUUUGGCCUUAUUUUGAUAUAAAAGUCAUGCUCCAAAGUUUUCAAAGGACUGAAAAAGUGCUCAUGAAUUACUUCAAUGUGGAAACUGGAUUUAUACAAUCUCAUUUCAAGAAUAAUGCAGAAAUGAACAGUAGUUCUUCUGGUGACGUUCAAAAUUCAAAGUGUCCCUGCUUCCAAUCCUUGUAAAAAAAUUCUUUUAAAGUUGGCAUUCAUUUUUCUUUCUAUUUAGGGUGCUAAAGAGGGAUAAGGUGAAAUUUGAUAGUGUGUGUUUCACCUGUGACAUAUUGAUAAAACGUUUUAAAAAUGGUUUGAUUUACAUGCUUUUCAAAAUUGAUAGAAAUUGAAUUUUUGGAAAACUUUAUUCAGGGAGACCAAGUUUACACUGAGCUUUAACUCAUGAAUGUGCCUUCAAAUGAAAAAAAAAUAAUGCUUUAAAGUCUCAAAUUCUAGUUUUGAAAGGUUCAAAAAUGAUUCUGAUGUUCAGAUUCGUGUGUGUGUGAGUAAAAAUCCAUUUCCCUCUUUAAUAAUACCAAAAAUAUGUAUGAAGAUUCCACCUUUUGUGACUGGAACUGUUGAUUUGGUCAUGUGUCUCAGUCUCCAGAGAUAUGCCAGUCUGUAAACUCACAAUAUCCCAGAUAAAGAUUUCUAAUUAUCACUGCAAAUGCCUAAGAUACAGCUGCAAGUACUGUGUGUAUCAAGUCAUCUGAAAUGGUAACCAUUUUCAUGAAAAUGGCUGUACAGUAUUGAAGCAUUAUAAUAACGUAGUUAGCUCUCAAAUAAAAUUAUUCUGCAGUAUUUUGCAUACUGUAGCACAAUUUUUAUUUCUUGGGUCAAUUUGACACAUUGGUAUAGGAGGUGGUGCACAUGAAUCCUUACACAAGCGGCCGUCAAUGCAGUGAGACAUCAGGAUAAGCUAGAAAUGUUAGCUAAAUCGAGCGCUGUUAUUUGUUAGCGAUUUGUCAGACAUGCCUAUUCACCUUUAAGCCAGAGUGGACUUAACACCGAUAAACACAUGACUGGUGCCCAAACUCCUGGCAUCCCUGUACUGUAAAACCUGUAAACAGACAGCUGUCUGGGAGGGCUGUGGACAAACGGAGCUGCGCCGAGGGGAUUCUGCUGCAAUCAUGUCAUCUAGAGCGGAUGUUGCUUUGCCUCACCGAGCCGCUAAAUAGUGCAACAGCGACAGUUACCAUUAUCCCAAGAAAAUACAAGCCCCCUCAAUCCCAAAAAGCCACAAUAAUUCCACGAUAUUCAAAUAAUGCCGUGUGCCAAUGUAUCCUGCACGCCUUGGGAAGCGAUCCCGGAUUAUCAGACGCUUUCCUGGAACGUAUUUUAGGAUCAGCCGCUCUAGAUUUCAAGGGGCGGCCUACAAGUCAGGUUUGAUUCUGACAACCCGAGUGACACUGCUAACGUGUUCUCCUGUGUUUGUGUCGGUGUAUUGGUGCAAUGUCAGGUGUACAGUAUACAGUACGUGAAGUGUAAGCCUUGUACAAUCAGCUAGUGGAAAAAUGGAAGCUGACCAGAAAUGUAGGAAGAGACAAUGUGAUCGCAUGAACAAGCUCCAGUGAGAGGUCUUGAUCUCUUUUGUUCUUAAUCUUGUUCUCUGUAUUUCUUUCAAGAUUUGCACUAAUUAUAGAAUUAGGUCCUCUUUACUUAAUUGAUUAACGUUUUGAUGAUGAAGUUUUGGCACUACCAACCAAGAUUUUUAUUGUUUUUUAAUAUUAUUAUGAAAUGAUUUUGCGUAUGAGUGAACAGUUUGUACUUGUUCUGUGAAACCUUAGUAACGGCAUUAUGUGUGAAAAACAAAAUACAAGAAGUAUAAAAUGCUGUAUUGAGAACUAAGUGUUCUUGUAUUCUUAACACCAGCAAAUGCUUUGAGAAAUCUUUUUGAAUAUGAAUGAAUCCUGGUUAACAUUAUUUAUAUGUGAAUAUUUUUUAUAGAUCAAAGUGCAUUUGAAAAGCCUUCUGAACGUUUUAAAAUGUCCGAAGCAAAGUUGUAUUUUAGAAAUCAUGAUGAUGAUGAUGAUGAUUUUUCACUGGAAAAUUGCUUUGCACUUUGUAAAUUAUAAAAUCAAAAUUAAAAAAUAAUACAGUAGGUGUUAGUUUUGGUGAUUUUACUUUGUCAGGAACUAUAUAUUGUAUUUUUUAACAAACUGGGCCGUGAUAUACCUGGAUGUUAAAACGUGUGUGUACUUCAAAUGAAACGGAGGAUAACCAAGUGCAUUUGUUCAUCUUCAGACUUUUGUCCUAUUGCUAAAUGUCACAUACAUUGAUAAAUACAGUGAAACGAAUUUUCUUCUUACUGAAACUGUAUUCCAGUCACUGGGGAAAGACAUGACUAUCACAUCCAGAUAUUUGUAAAUAUUGUGUUUUAAUUCAGAUAGUUUUGUCCAGAUCUAAUCUUUAGGUACUUUUCUCAUUGUGUCCAUUGUGUUGUUAUGUUUUUAAUAAUGGUAACUUUUGAUGCUACUGUGAAGAAUUUGUAUAGAUACGUAUAGAUAGCAUGUACACAUUCUAUAGGUAUUGCUGGAAAAUGCAUGUAGCAUUUCAUAGUUUUUUUGCUUUUUCUCAGUUGUGUUUGUUUUGGCAAACAGAAGAUGUAGGCACUACUUUUUCUGAUAUGUAUAGAAUGUUAAGAAUGAAGUAUGCAUGCUUCAGAUGUGUGUUUGGCAUUAAAAUAGUUAAAGGUUGUUUAAGAAAUCUUUAUGAUGUUUCAUGAUAUUGUGCAUAGAUUAACUUGAUUAAAUACCCCUGAUUCAAAAAAGGCAUUGUUACAAACAAUGCAACUGGUUGUGGUAUGUAUGUUUCAUUGAUGUUACUAAAUAUUUUAUAUGACAUUUUCUAGUGAAGCAAUAAAUCCAAGUUUUGUGACAGAAAGGUUGAAUUAAUUUCAAGUCAAGAGUUGCAUGUUCUUGUACUUACGGUUUUGUACUGCUCAGACUCUUUACACUCCCCCAGAAGACGAUGCACACUAAACAGGAGACGUGCAAUGUUCUCUGUACUGUGUUGAUGAACUUCAGAAGUUGCAGUUCCAAAAUCGUUAAGGAAUUAUAUGGAAUUAUACCCUUUAUAAAGUCAGGGUUGCUUCUGUUUACUUCCUGCAUUCUUGCAUUCUUCCUGCAAUUUUAAAAAUAUAUAUUUGAAAGUUAAUUAAAAAUGUCUUGAUUUGUGCAAAACACUUGUAAUAUAGAUUGUAUCUCUGUGAUGUUUGAACAAGUCGAUAUUCUCAGAAAAAAUAACUUGAAGCAUGAUGUACUUUUAGGACAUAUGAUAAGCAAUUUAGUUAUAUUGUUUUGCUUUUUUUAAGAAUGGUAUUACAUUUAGUCAAACACAAGCUGAUAAACUUCAUUUCUAGUUACAAGGAUAUUUUUAAUGCUUAAUGCUUUUUUCUUUCUUUUGCUAGUGAUAGAUUGACAGCUUUUGCUAGUCUUUUGGCACAGUUCUGGACCUAACUUGAAUUGACUGUUCACCGGCCUCAGCCAUUAGGGUGCUGUCAGCAUUAUAACAGAACUGUUGUGCGUGAUGACAGUCAUUUCUUAAGAUCCUCCCACAUCUGGCUCCUUACUGGUUCUACUUUACUGUCUCUUUAUUUAGCUUCUGAAACACUAAACCAGAUCUUUUCCCAGCAUUUGACACUUAGUCCUGCCUCAGUAAACUUUAUUAUCUGACUCUUUUACUCAUUGUGUCUCCUCAUAAUUUGCUAGAAAACUAUGGAACGAUAACUUGGUCACGGCAAUCUGGUCUUUCACCCCUGGUGGUUCCUUUCUGCUAAGAAAGCAAAGCAAUGCCAGUGCCAGAGCCUUCUUUUGAUUGCACUGAUCUUCAUGCCAGUUACUGGGAUUAAAGACUAUAUUGUCCUGGUUUCUCCCAGUUAACUUUGAGCUGUUUAACCUCAUGAUACUUCUGCCCUGAUCUGUAUACUGGUUAUUGACCAGACACUCUAGCCAUCUUUCUUAUGAUAUUAAUUUUAUAAAAACUGUGCUGGCUGGCUGUCGUCUUUCUUCCUUGGCCUCAUCUGUCUCUGUCACUCACUGAGUGCAGUGUAGGGCUGUGCUGAAUAUAGAUGUUUCUUGAAAGACUCCUUAAAGGAUUUUACUUAACCAUCAUAUUUCAACUCCAAAAGUGCCCAUUGGUGGUGUGAUUCAGCCCUCAUCUCUAAGAUCUCCCCCCUGUCCACUGGCGACAGAGAGACACAGAAGACACACUGGCCUACUGGAUUGUACAGGUCAGCAGACUGGGACAGCAGGCUGUAAUGCCCUCGGGUGUCCUGGAAUUGACUUCACCUGAAGAGACUAGUCUUGCCCACUUUGAAACCUGCUUGUACUGUAAGUGUCAUUUCCUCACUGAAGUCCAAAUAUGUUAAAGUACUGCAAGGGGAGUGGGGACACUGUGCUGUAAAGGUGUAUUCCUGUGUAUGAGGUGUCCAACCUAGUCCUGACCUUUUGUCUUUAAAGAUCCCCUGACACUGUUUGUCAGUCAGAGUAAGCUGUAAACUGCAGUAUUCUGCCUUAGUUUCAUUCUGGGCUCGUGCAAUCUGCCCUCCAUAAAGUUGCCAAUAAUUCAGCUGGUGAAGCAAUUUCUCUCUCCCUCCCCAUCGGGUGUCCUGUGCUGGUGCUACACGUGGCAGAGGUGGAGAUGAAAUGGGUCCACUACUAUAAUUGGAGCGCUUUCAGAUCCUUUAAUUUGAAAAACGCUACAUAAAACAAAUGGCCGAUGGAAAUAUUCAAUUCUUUUACUUUGCCCAGGGAUAAUCGCGAGUGUUACACCUCCAAACAGUUGUACACAACAUCUGAAAUCCUAAAAAGAAGAGGUUGAUUCAGAACAGCCAUCAACGGGAACAGCAGGUGGUCUUCACUUCAUUCAGCAUUUCAGUGGCAGUUAACUUCACUAUUCAGCUAUGUAGGCUUGUCAUGGAAAAAAAAACUAAUCUCCGAGAGCAGAAUGCUGCUCUGCUACUAACAAAACACAGUGUUAUUCUGCAAAAUACAAAGUACCUCUCCCAGUUUUCAUUGGAGGCCAUAAUGAAAAGUAGGAAUGUCAUAUCUGACUGCGUCAGUGUGUCUAAGCUUAGCUUGAGGCCAGAUCUAGGUCAAGCACUCCUGAUUUUCAUGGACUAACACACUGUUGAGUUUUUUUUUCUUUUUGCUCAUGACUUUCCAGCGUGGAGUUGUCCUCUACUUGUUUCCUUGCAGGGUCCUGCUCGAGUCUCUUUAAAUUUUCAAGUGACAUAACUUUUGCAAAACACAUUUCUCUCUUUCUGGCUGUGUUGCACUCACAUUACUAGUGUAUGUCUUUGAGCUGCUGAGUGGACUUGCUGUGGCUGAGGAGCAAUGCCAGCAGGCAGAGCCUCCAGAAGCCAGCUGAUGUGUCAUUAGUGGAGUAACAAUAGCUGUGGACAUAGCAGCCCAUACAAGUAAUGAGAAUUUUGUUCUAGGAGUGGGAUUUCCAAUGUAGAAAUGAUAAGAGUAUGACAACAGUGAAUACAGUAACAGUAAUAAGCUUUUGCUGUCUUUUUUAAAGGAAAAACGUUAUGUAAUGCACAUAUAAAAGUUUGUGUACAUAAUACAUUUGUAAAUGACAGAAAUGAUGGGUUAGAAGACUUGGAAGACAGAAAUGUAGAAUAUCUGGUGUUAUACAUUUUCACUUUGUGAUUUUUCUUAUGCCUCUGGCAAUAAACUUUGUAUCUGGUUUUAGCUAUUCUAUUUGACUUAUGAAUUUUCUUUACUAUGCAUUCUGUUUAGGUCUUCUGAUAAUAAUAUUGGCUACAUGUUAGAACUAUUAAAGAUGAUUUUAUUACUGUAUUUAAAAUGUCUAUCAAAGAUGAUAUAUUCUUUCAUGUACUUUGGAUGAGAAUGAGCUGUUGGAGUUUCAGGAGCUCUGCUUGCUUACUGCUGUUCACAGUGCAGGGAGUUGUGAACAGUUAUGGCUUAUCAUUUCCAUUAUUAAUUACCAAACGUGUUCUGACAGUUGUUCUGCCCGUGACGGAGAGAUCUUAAGUUAUUACUUGCUAUUGCUCUGUACAUUUUAGUUAUGGUUAAAUUAGUUUUUCAAAGCUCUCUCUUGCCUAUAUGAAAGACACUGAGCACUGCAAUUAAAACCUCAAUAUUAACGUUUUAAUAUAUUUCAGCUCUCAGUGAAAAGAAUAUUCAUUGUGCCA